GGUCACCAACCACCAGACCAGGCUGCCCAGAGCCACAUCCAGCCUGGCCUUGGAUGCCUCCAGGGAUGGGGCAGCAGUAGUGGCAGCAGGCUUCCAAGUUGAUGUCGCUGUGUCCUCCCCAGCUCUGCCAGUCUCCUUUGUGACAUCACAGAGCCGGGCUUGACAUCAGUCUCUGUAGAGUCACGUUGGCCGUCUCCCGCAGCACAGAUACGCAGGGCACUCGCUCUGUACUGGUGGUUACCUCUGGUGCUCUGCUCAAGGUAGCAGCCACUUUGUGUGUUGAGAUUGUUUCUUGGGAGAGAACAGGAUGAAAAUCACCGUGACUCUCUCCCUGACUGUGGCUCUGUCCAUAGUAUCAUUUCUCAGAGAUGGCCUUGGCCGUUUCAGCUCUCGUGGCCAGGUCUCUGACAGCGAGAAAAAGCUGGCCCUCCCUGAAAAGCAGCUGCCCACUGACACCCAGCACGAGGCCUCCAACUUGCCCUGUUGGCUUGGCCUGUCCGCUUGCCCAAGACGGGUCCGGUACAGGCUGAGCAGAGUUGUCAGUGCAGAGGUCCCAAAUCAGCAGACCAAAGGCAUGGAACAGGAGGCCUUCAAGGGGUCCUGGUGGUCUGGCCUUUCAGUGUACGCUACCAGGGUCUGGAAGAGUGUCAGCAAGAUGGUCCUCCCUCAGGAGCAGCAGCCUGUCUACACUGAGCACGAGGCUUCAAACUGGCCCUGUCGGCUUGGCCUGUCCACUUGCCCCAGACGGGUCCGGUACAGGGUCAGCAGGGUCAUCGUCACAGAGGGCCUGAAGCAGGAGCCCCUGGGUAUGGGGAAGAAGUCCUUCAGCUUGCCCUACCCCCUGGACCACCUCUGGGGCUACAUUGCCCAGGGGGCAUUAGCUUCGCUCAUUAUGGAGGGGUUGUUAAUCAUCUUCAUUCAAUACCUACUGAGGAUUGCUCAUGGUUCGUGGAGUUAAGCAGAAAGACCUCUGGAACAGGGAUCAGGAGAAACAGUGUGAACUUCCAUGGGAGACUGUCGGAGAAAGGAGACUGCUGAUGGUUACGACCUGGUUUGAGAUGAAUAAAAGGCACACUUACUGGA